AUGGCUUCGAGUUCGAGCGAAGAAGGUAACCACAAAAAUGCUUCCAGUUUGAUCGAUGAACUGCAAUUUGAUAUGGACGAUGAUCAACCGAUGGUUGAAACGUCAGGUGCAGAGAAAAGUCUAUCAUUGAAGACGUCUGCGGAGCAGAGCGAUACGGCUGAUGAGAUUUGGCGAAAUAUCGAGAAUAACCGCGUUCGGUUUCCGACGAAUUGUGAUGAUCGUAGAGAAGGAUUGAAGAGAACUACUACAUUGAAAUCUCCACCUGGAGCUGAAGGAGAAGUCGUCGUUUCGACGACUGAUGAUUCAUCUAAGCAAUCUACACCUACGUCUCCGACAGGGACCGAUGGAGGAGGACGCGACGGAGAGUCGUCGGACAAGGAGAAGGCAGGACGUGGUUCACUUGAGAACAAAUCAAUUUUGAAGCCGUCGCCUAGCGUCGGUACGAGUCUCCUCAACCUUGUCAAUGAGGGGACUGGUGCAAAAGCAAGUGGUACAGAGAACGGUAGUCCGUCGAUGAUGGAUGAAGCAUGGGAACGACUGAGAAGCUCGUUUGUUUAUUUCCAGAAAAAACCGGUCGGAACACUAGCUGCAGUUGAUCCUAGUGCGGAGGCAUUGAAUUACAAUCAGGUGUUUGUGAGAGACUUCGUGCCUACUGCCUUGGCGUACCUCAUGAAAGUUCCAGAUCCGGAGCCAGAGAUUGUGAAGAACUUCUUACUAAAGACUCUCCAUCUCCAAGGAUGGAAAAAGACAAUUGACAAUUUCACUCUUGGAGAAGGUGUGAUGCCUGCCAGUUUCAAAGUCAUGUAUGACUCAUACCAGGAAAAGGACGUACUGAAAGCUGACUUUGGUGGCAGUGCAAUCGGAAGAGUGGCGCCUGUUGAUUCAGGUUUCUGGUGGAUUAUACUGUUAAGGUCAUACACCAAAUGUACAGGGGAUUACACAUUGGCAGAGAAACCCGAAGUGCAAAAAGGAAUGAAACUGAUUCUCAACCUUUGCCUAUCUGAUGGGUUUGAUACUUUCCCAACUCUCCUCUGUGCAGAUGGGUGUAGCAUGAUUGACAGAAGGAUGGGAAUAUAUGGAUAUCCGAUUGAGAUCCAGGCUCUGUUCUUCUUCGCGCUUCGGUGUGCACAACAAAUGCUUAAACAAGACACUGAUUCCAACCGUUUAAUCGGGCGGAUUGAAAGAAGGAUUACAGCUCUAAGCUACCACAUCCGAAACUACUACUGGCUAGAUUUCACACAAUUGAACAACAUCUAUCGUUACAAAACAGAAGAAUACUCCCACACAGCUGUCAACAAGUUCAAUGUGAUCCCGGAGUCUAUUCCGGAUUGGGUGUUUGAUUUCAUGCCGUUGAGAGGAGGUUACUUCAUUGGAAACGUAAGCCCGGCUCGCAUGGACUUCAGGUGGUUCUUAAUCGGCAACUGUAUUGCUAUCUUGAGCUCUUUAGCCACUCUGGCACAGGCUACAGCUAUUAUGGAUCUUGUUGAGGAACGCUGGGAAGAUUUAAUUGGUGAGAUGCCGUUGAAAAUUGCAUACCCAGCCUUGGAAGGUUAUCAGUGGAGGAUUGUGACUGGUUGUGAUCCAAAGAACAUUCGUUGGAGUUAUCACAAUGGUGGUUCUUGGCCAGUGCUAUUGUGGUUGCUGACGGCGGCGUGUAUAAAGGCGGGAAGGCCACAGAUUGCAAAGAGGGCUAUAGAGCUGGUGGAGCAGCGGCUUUCAAAAGAUGGGUGGCCGGAGUAUUAUGAUGGGAAGAAGGGGCGUUAUAUAGGGAAGCAAGCAAGGAAGUAUCAGACAUGGUCAAUCUCAGGGUACCUGGUUGCAAAGCUUAUGAUUGAGAACCCUUCUAAUCUUGCUAUGAUUUCUCUUGAAGAAGAUAAGAAGAUCGAAAAGCCCAGGCUUACUCGUUCUGCCUCUUGGUCUUGUUCCAGGUAA